AUGUCCUUCAAUGCAAAGAAUCUCUCUUAUGAUUCGAAGGAUCCGCCCUUCCUACAGAGACUAAAAGGCCAUUAUGGAACUACUACUGGCCGCCUGGAGCGACCAAUUGCUCGACCCCGGAAACAAAGGCAGGAUGACGAGGACGACGAACCUACCUACGUUGAUGAGGAAAGCAAUGAGGUGAUCUCAAAGGAGAAAUACAGAGCUCUUGUCCAGGAGAGCAAACAAAAGGAUGAUGAACACCCGGAACAGGAGCCGGUUGAUAAGGAGCAGAAUGCACCUGGGUCUGUUGAAAAGGAUAUUGCGGAUACCGGAAAAGAUGCGCCAGCUUCUAAGCAGAAUGUCGCUGAGAUAGGAGGACUCAAGAAGCGAAAACAAGCGAAAGUCGUUGGCGAAGAUAACAAAGAGCCUGAGGUGGGAGCAGCGCAACGAGAGGCUCCGGCUGCCUGGAAGCCCAAGCAGAAGAAAAAGAAGAUCAAGCUUUCCUUCGACGAGGAGGAGUAA